AUGUCUUCACCGACGUUGGAAGUUCUCGAUUAUAACCUACUCUCACAAAACAUAACCAGUGUGCUGCCAGUCUCACUCAGUGGUGUUGAAGAGGCCGACAACACGUACAAACUCUUCAAUAACUACUUUCCGCUGUUACUGAUGCUGAUUUCGAUGCCCGAAAACGAGACAGAGAGCCUGGAAAAGUACAUGAAGCAACGAACGUAUGCCGAAUUGAAGCGUAUGAUCGACGAAAAGCAGAAGGUCAGUGACAUAACCGAACUACUCUCCGAACUGGAGCAGAAUCAAACAGAUUUGUCUGAGUUCGUUUCACUCGUUGACAAUAAGAAGUAUCUUAAGUUGCUUGAAGCUUAUCAUAAUGCGUCCAUUUACAACGCAAUAAGAGGAGUGUGGAGCUCACAGCUCAAUCCUUUACUACCACCAAUCGACCAGCUUGCCAUUUUAGAGUAUUUUGCUGAGCGUCGCUCGAACGAACAUUUCCGUAUGUCCUUUUGGUCUCGUAUAUGGGCAGCGAUUCGGAAGUGGUUGACAGGAAAAAAGGAGCUUCUGGAAUGCAACGCUGAUGAGCCACGGUGCAUGCGCCGCAUUGUCGAAGAACUGCCACUCGAGUUGCGAGUGGAGCUCGAUCGAGCUGCGGAAACCGAGAACCUCGACACACUGCAGAACAUCAUCAUCGAUGAGUUGAACCACCAGCCUCAGUCAGCACAAACGGAAUUCGAAACGUGGAAAAACGGCAACUCGCCACCGCAGCCAUUAUUGGACAUCAUAGCCGACAAGACGGAAUUGGAAGAAAAAGCACUCGAAAGACUACGAUCCUAUGAUCUGCUAAACUCGCUCAAGGACUACUAUCGAGCAAUGAUCGAGAGCAGAAGUCAGAUGGAACAAGAGGUAUAG